ACCCCCGGGAUCUCUCUACAUUGCGCUGAGCUUCUACCAAGCCGUAACCCCUCCCCGGUGUCGCCACUUUGGUGAAGGAGCGACCGCGACCACAACAGCAGACAUGGCGUUCAGCGGGACCUGGCAGGUGUACGCGCAGGAGAACUACGAGGAGUUCCUCAGAGCCAUCUCUCUGCCCGAGGACGUCAUUAAGAUGGCCAAGGAUGUGAAGCCUGUGACGGAGAUCCAACAGAACGGCAACGACUUUGUCAUCACCUCCAAGACCCCCCGCCAGUCCGUCACAAACUCCUUCACCAUUGGCAAGGAGGCUGACAUCACCACCAUGGAUGGCAAGAAGCUCAAGUGCACCGUCAGGAUGGAGGGGGGGAAGAUGAUCUGCCAGACGGACAAGUUCACCCACAUCCAGGAGAUCCAGGGGGAGGAGAUGGUGGAGAAGCUCACCGUGGGCUCAACAACUCUCAUCAGGAGAAGCAAGAAGGUCUAACAUCCCACCAGCAGAGGGAGCUGGCUGGCUGCUGGGGACAUGUUAUUGGCUAUUUAAAUAAACCUGUCAUUUGACACACAGAAACA